AGGUAAACCCGAUCACACUGCUUUGUAUCUCUCCCAGAGUCGUGUGGACGGACGCGUGGCGCAAAUAUAGCCAAAUUUAUGCUCUAUUUAAAAAAAAAAAACUAGUGUGGAGUUAGGCUCAGUUUGUCUCUCUUCCUGUGACAUCCAACGAGAGGCUUGUUAAAAGAAGAUUCAACAGCAGUGAUGUAUGCAGAUGCUUUCACACCCCCGGAGAGCCUGAGGCUGCAAUGAGAGAUAACCGGCGUUCACCAAGCAGCUUUGGAGUCUCACUCAUAAAAAUUCCCAGCAGAUAUGGACACAUAACCUGCGACCGCCAACACUAUCGAAGCGGGUGUCUCAUAAAAUCAAACCAACCGUGACACAGUGUUCCUGACAGCUCGACGACACCGUGCGUCAACGACAACAGGACACCAAGAAGCAACCUGCAGAAGAGAAGAAAACACAGUAAGACAAUGAAAAUGCUAAUGGGGUUGAGAAGAAGACUGUGGAACUACCGCAGCCUCGCUCUGAUUAUCCUCGCGCCGCUGCUGCUGCUUCCUCUUCCUCUAGUCGUCGGGACGAAGGAGGCAGAAUGUGCCUUUGUGUUGCUGCUGAUGGCAACGUACUGGAUGACGGAGGUGAUUCCUCUGCCCAUGACCGCCAUGCUUCCCGCCAUCCUCUUCCCCGCUUUUGGCAUCAUUAAGUCCUCACAUGUGGCGAAGGAGUACUUCAAAGACUUCCACUUCUUGCUGGUGGGCGUCAUCUGCCUCGCCGCCUCCAUCGAGAAAUGGGGUCUCCACCGCCGAAUCGCCUUGAGGCUCGUCACCAUGGUGGGGGUCAACCCUGCAUGGUUGAUGUUGGGCUUCAUGUCCGGCUGCGCGUUCAUCUCCAUGUGGGUCCAAAACACCUCGGCUGUUGCCAUGGUGAUGCCCAUCGUGGAAGCUGUUCUCCAGCAGAUCCUGAAGGCCAAGGAAGAAGGAUGCGUCGGCGAAGACAACCCCGGCCUGCAGCUGGACGAAACUGACGGCCAUUUUGAAAAGAUGAAAGAAGCUGCAAGCAACCAGAAGCAUCCAGAUGUUCCUGAUGACACUAGUGUUCAGAUACAGACACCGUCGCAGUCAGUUGCAGCACAGCCAGGAGCUCCCAGCAGGUGCAAACGGGACCUGAUGAUGUGUAAAGCCAUGUGCAUCGGCAUCGCCUACUCCUCCAACAUCGGAGGCAUCUCCACACUGCCCGGCACCUCGCCCAACCUCAUCUUCUCCGAGUACCUCCACCAGGUUUACCCGGACUGCAACUGCAUCAACUUUGCGAACUGGCUGGUGUUGUGCCUGCCCAUCAGUGUCAUCAUGCUGCUGCUGACAUGGAUAUGGCUGUACUGGCUCUUCUUUGGCUCAGACUUCAGGUUCCUGUGUCAACGGGGAGGAGAGCAGUCCCAAAAAGAGGCGGCGGCAAGAAAAGUGAUUGAAGAAGAGUACAGGUCGCUCGGACCCAUGGGCUCUCAGGAGAUCGUCACUGCGGUGAUUUUCGUGACGAUGGUGUUGUUGUGGUUGACCAGAGCUCCAGGUUUCAUGCCAGGUUGGGCUUCUCUCUUCCCUCAUCACAAGGGCUACAUCACUGACGCGACUGUGGCUCUGCUGCUGGGCCUCCUCCUCUUCAUCAUACCCGCCUACGGGCCUUCCAGGAAAUAUGAGGCCAUGAUCUCCUGGGAUAAUUUCCAGGCCUUGAUGCCUUGGAAAGUGGCGCUGCUGGUCGGCGGAGGCUUUGCACUCGCCAAAGGCACAAAGGAGUCGGGCCUGUCUUUGUGGGUGGCUGAGCUGCUGACACCUCUGGGGGAGCUGCCAGUCUUGGCCACCAUCGCGAUCGCAUGCAUCAUCGUCACCACAGUAACCGAGUUCGCCAGCAACGCCGCCACCAUCACCAUCUUCCUCCCCAUCCUCUCUCCUCUGGCCGAGGCCAUCCAUGUCAACCCGCUGUACGUCCUAAUCCCCACCACCCUCUGCACAUCCUACUCCUUCCUGCUGCCGGUGUCCAACCCGCCCAACGCCAUCGUGUUUGGCUACGGACACAUCACCAUCAUGGACAUGGUGAAGGCGGGGCUUGGCGUCAACGUGAUCGGAGUCCUCGCCACGCUGUUGGCCGUGACGACGUGGGGGGUGCAGUUAUUCUCCCUGGACACGUACCCCGACUGGGCGCCGGUCCUCCCCGAGUUCAACUCCACUGCACCGUGA